AUGCCAUCAGUACUUCAAGAGCCUCGCCCAAGAAGCACGCAUGCUACCACCUACGCCACACGCCACAGCCUUCCCGCAGUAUGGAUGCGAGCCGGAACGUCCAAAGGCCUCUACAUCCAUCGCCAACACCUUCCCUUGGAUCAAGCCGAAUGGACACCCAUACUCCUCCGAGCAAUAGGCUCUCAAGAUUCCGAUCCUAGGCAGCUGAACGGCAUCGGAGGAGCGACGUCGACAACAUCAAAAAUUGCAGUCGUAUCCAUGUCGAAGCGAGCGGGGAUUGAUGUCGAGUAUACUUUCGUCCAAUGCGCUGUUGGUGUGGCGAAGUUGGAUUUUACUGGGAACUGUGGGAACAUCGCCAGCGGUGUCGCUCCGUUCGCGGUUGAUGAAGGCUUGGUUGCGGUAAAGCCUGGCCAGAGGGAGGUCUCCGUCCGCAUCUUCAACACCAAUACCUCGUCAACUCUGAUCUCCACCAUCUCUGUGGAUCCCUCAGGACAUUUCCUCGAAGAUGGCGAUUACCGAAUCCCAGGUGUAAUGUCACCGGGCAGCGCCGUGCAGAUGGCGUUCACCAAACCAGCAGGAUCCAUGACCGGCGCGCUUCUGCCUUCGAAAUCGCCAACCAACAUUCUUCAAGUCCCCUCGAAAGGUCGAGACGCUUCUAUCCCGAUCCUGGUAUCAGCUGUCGAUGCCGCGAAUCCAUUCAUCUUCGUGGACAGCUCGAGUAUGCCAGAUUGGUACCAUCAGGCGGGAUCUUUGAGCCAAGAGUCACUUUCCUUCAUCGAAGCGAUUCGACGGAGAGGUGCCGUGCUCAUGGGCCUUGCGAGGGACAAAGAACAAGCGUCUCUAACGCGAGGAACACCGAAGAUCGCCGUGCUUUCACCAUCCGGAGCCAAAGACGGCCGCACCGAAGUGACAUCCUUCAGCAUGGGUAAGGUGCACAGCAGUUUGCAACUCACAGGUGCAGUAUGCUUAGCCAGUGCCGCUUGCACAGAGGGGACAGUUGCCCAUCGCAUCCGACAAAAAGGGGCAGCUCACGACAAGUUGACAAGAAGAGAUUCGCCCCACGACAUCACCAUCCAGACCGUACCACUGAGACAUGCCGGCGGCGAUAUGGACGUCGACGUGCGGCUGGCCAGCAACGGAACAAUAGAAGACGUGACAGUAUUUCGAACGGCAAGAAGAUUAUUCGAAGGGAAAGUGUACUACCUGAUGUGA